AUGACAUCGAUCAACCACACUGUAUCCGGCCACCUAUUCGGCGACCUGCAGAUCUACGACACAGACGUCCCUGCAUUGUCCAACAACAGUGUCAGAGGCCCUUUCCCAGAGAGUGCACAAACUCACCUAUCGCCAAACUUGGACUCAAUGGAGCGAUACCUCUACAUUGAGAAACGAAGACAGAAAUCCAUGACACCUCUUCAUCUUGCUCUUCCAAGCCGCUCGGUAUCGCGGAGCCCACAUGUCCGCGAGGGAGCGCACCCUGUUCAUCGUCCUCAGAGUCCGAAUAGCGGUAUGCUACCCUCGUACUCCACUUCCCUCUUCAAUCCAGCUCCUGGGACUGGUCUCUAUACCUAUCCAGCCUUGUACCUGCCUCCGAAUCCUCGCGCUCAAAGCGAGGACGAGCUCUACAGUCGCGACACGCCCUGUGACACAUCCUCACACCUCCCACUUCCAAGACAACGUCGCAAUACAUACUCGGGAUACACCCCAAAACGACACUCAGUUAUGCCUCCUCCGAUGGCGCGUAGCCAAAGUCCAUCGUCGUCAUCGAUGGAACAUCAAGAGGAUUGUGGAGGAUUCGUACAUCGAGAGUUGGUCCGUGCUCUGGUGGGUAGCGGGGAGGUACAGAAUGAUUCUGAAACCUUUCUCUUUGGCAUGGCGUCGGGAGAUGGGAAUCGUGCUUACGACGAGCCAACAAUGGUAAACCGAUUUGCACAAGAUCUCGCGCAACAGGAACAUUCGGCGCAAAGCCAGGAUGCCCAGGCCUACGAGGACGACUUCGGCAAAAGGAAAGAUUUUAGAUGCAGGAAAUCAUCCGGGAUAUUCGUCUCCCGCGAGCAGCUGGGGUAUCCUCCGAACAAGGACUUCGCUGGCGUCCAAACUGACGCAGUCGAUGGGGAGAGCGGAUCCAUCAGCCCCAGCGACCCCACCGGUUUGAACAGUCCCAUCCCCAGCCGGAUUAACGACAUAUCAGGAUCGAUCGGCAACUCAGGGGUCGCUCCCAACUCGUUCGAAGAGGCGGGAUUAGCACCUGCCGUGUCGAGCACGGAUGAAUCGAACGGCCAUACUGCAUCGAGCGCUGGCAACAUGCAUGGUACGAACAUUCCGCAUGGGCUUCCCAAUGAUGUGCCGAACAUGCGAACCCGUGGAAGCGCGAAAUCGUCGUCCCCAGCUGCACCCGCAGCUCCUCCCGCCCUGCCCACUAGAUCUCGACGCAAAGUCAAACAGCACGACGGCAAGAAGAAAGAGAAGCGGCGGGACGGAGACAAGAAAGAGAAGCAGAAGGAUGGAGAAAAGAAGGCGAAGCAGCAGGACGGAGAGAAAAUAUCUUUCCGCGGGAGGUGCGCACCUCGGCACAAAAGUGGAGAUAUUUGGGUCAUGGGGACCAUGUCGGGACAUACGAUCGACAACCCUCUCCAGAAGGGAGUCAAAGCCUGGCAGGAUCCGCUACUCAUGGACGAGUGGAACGGUGAGAAGGCGAAGCGUGUCCCGAAGCUUGCGCUGUUCGAGGAGAUCGUGAAACUCUCUGUGGACUCACCUGUGGGCAGUGGGGAAGGGAAGAAACGGGGUCGUGACGACGACGACGACGUGGGCGACGUGGCGCCGGCGCCGAAGAAGGCGAGGAUGGCGAGGGCCUCGAGAGGCAAUGCGAAGGGGAGCGGUUCAAAGGUGUCCCUCAGCGGGACAUCGACAGGAGCUGUGACCCUUCCACAAGAACAAAUUGAGACAUCUGGAAGCGCAGCUGGCGGCGAAGGGCCGUCAACUGGAGCUGACCAUAUAUUCUCACUCGGUCCCCGUGAAGGGUAG